GCUUCUAAGUUGGUCGAAAGCAGUAACAUUACACAAGGCUUAACUAAUACUAUCGAAUAUAAUUUAUCUGAUGCUGUAUUGGAUGAUAUUUCUGUGGGUAAUGAUCGAUUUGAAGUUUUGACUGAAGAUAUUAUUAACGAAAUGGUCGAAUAUGGUGCCGUUAAAAAUACUAAGAAGAAUUGGGUUCGAGUUUUAAAAGAAUACCGGUCUUCAGUUAAUUUAAAUUAUGAUAUAUCUACAAUUCUUGAUACAAUAUUACGAUAA